AUGGCUGACGCGCAGGAUAACGAAUAUAGGAAGUUGUCGGGUAUGGCUAUGAGGCUUUGCAUAGAGCUCGGAUACCAUCGAAGCGUUAGCAGGUACAGAAGACACGCGAAUCCCUUGGUCGCUGAGAUCUCCAAGAGAUGCUUCUGGGUGGCUUACGAUAUCGACCGUAUGAUUUCUUUCUAUCUUGGUCGUCCCAUUGGCAUAUCGGAUGAUUGGAUUGAUGUCGAGUUGCCGCUCGAUCUUGACGAUCAAUGUAUUUCCGCGACCAGGAUCUCACAUGAAAUGAAAACGACGCCGACCACGAUGAUUACUGGUGCCUUGCAUAUGAUCAAAUUGCGUAAGAUAUGGACUGUCAUCAGUACAACCGUAUACUCUCCCGUGCAGCAAUCUUCCGACACCACCUUACACCCGAAACGACUUCGUACGGAAAGCAUUUCUCAAGAGAUUGACCAGUGGUACCGCAGCUCCCCAAUAUAUCCACCCUGUCCCUCCCUGAACCCCAUGUCCGUGUACGCGACGAGCGACUGGUUUUGGCUCGCCAACGCUCACACAGUUCUCAUAUUGUACCGAUACUGGUUGGUUCAUGACCCUGCUUCCACAGAUGACCCCUUCAUCGACCGGGCAUUUUGCAUAUGCCAGACCACAUCUCAACAGAUGUGCUUCAAGUAUCGCAAACUCUUCCGAACUCCAAACCUACAGUUUACGUGGAACUUGGUUCAUGUGUUGUUCCUUGCUGGCAUCACCUAUAUAUACUGCAUUUGGAAGUCACCCAAGUUGAGGCGCGAGACUCGGCACAUUGAUGUAGUCAACACCUGCGUCGCCUGUCAUACGGUGCUUGUCAUCGUAGCCGAAAGAUGGCCUCAUGCCGCUGGAAUUCGCAGCAUAUUCGAGUUUCUUUGGGAGAAGACGAUUGAGCUGGUUUACGGUGAGGAGGGUGCUCGGCGGCCACUACAAGCUGGUCAAGAGCGCGAAGAGGGAGAUGUGCAGCCGCACAUGAUGCAAGACUGGUUAAUCGGCCUAGAAGAUACCGCGUUCUCCCAGGACUCCGAUCACCUGCUGCUGGAACUAUUGGGCGAAGUCGGUGAUGGAGCCUGGGAUCCGCACAUGUUUCAAGUCGGCGGAACUACACCAUUUGACGAGGGUGUGAUGGUGCAGAACGGACAGUUUGAACCAUAA